CGAUUAAUUUUGCUCGGACCGCGCUAUUUUGAUCGCAGCGGGACAUCCUGGGCUCGUCAGAGAUCUAGAAUUGCACAUCAGCAACCGCUGCCCAAGCCUCAGCUCCCAAAACUGCCGUAAAAGUACUCUGCCAAAAAAAGAUGGCAGACCCGGCACCCGCUGCGGCCGACGCGGACCCCUUCGGGGAGGACCUGGGCUUCACGGCCGGCGACGCGCCCUUCGCGAAGCUGGCCUCCUUCACGGCCGACGACGACGAGGACGAGGAGCCGGCCGCCGAGGCGCCGCCGGCGCCGGCGCCGGCCAAGGCACCGGAAGAGCCGCCCAAAGAACCGGAACAACUCCUCGCCUCCGUCGCGCUCGAGCCCCCAACACCGCCGGCGCCCGUCGUCGUCUCGACCGAAGACCUCGCGGCCAUGGCACCACAGCCAGUGCCUUCACCCGAGCCGGUCGCGAAGCCGCCGCAGCCGGACCCGGCGCGGACCGAGGCGUUGCAGGCCGCGCGCCAGGCCGAGAUUCGGAGGAGACGGCUCUUCGGCGCCGAGUUGGUGGGAGAACAUUCUAGGUAUGCGGCGCUCGACCGACUGCUGGGCCGCGGCGUCGUCGAGUGCGGCUCACUAAGGCUAUUAGUCGCCAGAACCGUGGAGAGCGAAGCAAGGAGCGCGGCGGGCUGCGUGGCCUUCGCGCGGUUCCCCGCGGACGCGCGCCAGGAGUUGGGGGCCGAGCCCGCGGCCUCGGUGAGCGCGCAGAAUGAGACGACGACGUACGGCGUGGCGCGUUUACUCGCGGCGCGCGUCGCGAGCGAGGCCGACGCGCACGAGCAACACGCAUUGAAACUGCGGAGCGAGUGCCUCGGGCCCCUCGUCGAGCUUGAGAGGAGGUUGCGGGCGACGCAUCGCGACCUGAGGAUGAGGGGCGGCACGGCCCUGUCUAGGGCUCGGGAAGCAGCUAGAGGCGUCGAGCGGUUGUACGACCAGGUUGUAAAUGCAGGGUCGAAGGGGGACGUCUGGCUCGCCACGGUGCAGUACACGGCCGGUUCGGCAAUACUAGCGCGGACGUGGGCCGAUGCGAAAGCCUCCUUAGAUUCAUUAUUUGCGACGGCCGCGGCGACCGAGACGGAGCGCCGGUCUUUGGAGAGAAGGUGCCUCAAGGCCUUCCUGGCCGCGCGGCGCGAGUGCCUCGCUACCAUUGACAAACUCGCGGCGCCGGAUUUAGCCGCGGCAGAAAAUGCCCAGGACUCGCGGGACGUCGCGGCCGAGGUCGAAGUGUCCAUCAAGGCCGAAGUGAAACGCGUCGCCGAGCGCAACCAGCGGAGAAGACCCGCGCCGCAGACGCCGUUGCCAGAACCCGCUGAACCACUGGAACCUCUGGCGUCUCCAUUGGUGAAAUGUUCAUUACUAGGAGAACGCAAAACCAAAUUGACGCGGUGGCGGCCGGCCUUGGUGGUUGCGACGGCCGAUCGACGCGUCCACGUCUACGAGGGCUUCUCCUCAAGUCCGGAUUUGACCGCGGCGGCGGCGCUGAGUGGACUAGUGCCGUCUUCCGACGAGUGCCUGCGCGGGGCAGCCCCGCCUUCCAAAAUGCCUUCUUCGGUCUCUGAGGCCCAAACCUCGGUCCAGAACUUCUUCGCCGGGGCGCCGGCGCCGCUCGCGCCCUCCACCACACUGGAUGUGCGGGCGACGCGCGCCGUCGCCGUCGACGCCAACACCUUAGAGUUACUGGAGGCGGCGCCGGCGACGGGCGCCGCGGCGAUCUUCUCGAAGACAGUUGAAAGGAAGGUGCAGCUGCGCUUCGCUACUUCUGACGCGGCGCAGGAGCUGCUCGCGUGCCUGCGGGCGCGGUGAUUUGGCCUAAGUUGGAUAUUAUGUGC